AUGACUCGAGUACCUCGAAGGUCUGUCUCGGUACUUGCCAGGCGGAGCCCAGGCUUGAUUGCAAGACGAAAAGCGCGGAAGCAUAAGGUGAUUCUCGAAUCCGUUACGCAAGAAAAGAAGAGGCUCCGGAGUGUGAUAUCCUUUGAAGCCAAAGCGCCUCCAGGUUAUACAUUCAUAUCGGCAGGCGAUCCUUUCUUCACCACAACUUGCAAGGAGCGCUGUCGGAAAGAUGGACUUAAAGUGUACGCGGUUUCUACAACCCCCCAUCUUCACACUCACGGCCUCUCGCAGCAUGUCCAUCGUAUUGGUUAUCAUUUCCCAAGCGCUGUUGUUGCGGACGUGUGUAUAAAUCAUGGUCUUUAUCUCACAGAAACUGGGAAGGCUGUGGCACCCCACAGUAUCAGGGGCCACGAGGCUAGUCGCAAAAUCACUGACUCAGAUUCUCAGAUUACUAUAAACACAGAAGCAAGGGAUGUUCUCAAGGAUCUUUUUCCAAAUAUUCCUGACAACGACCUCAACCAAAUUAUCAAAACCGCAUUCCAAAAGGGUCAACGAAAAGUAGGUACAGCCGUCGAACUACCCCUCGCCCGCCGAGCACAGUUGGCGGUUGUCGCCCAUAUUCGGCACAUCUAUACAGAUUAUGAUCGCCUCCUCAAAACUACUUCUUUCCAUGAAGCAAGAGCAGCCGUGGAACAGCCAACUCUUGCCAAGCUAGUGGAAUGGAGGGGUGAUGAUGAAAAUGGCAAAACGGUUCUUGAGGAUGUGUUCCGGGAAGUUAUCGUCAUAUCAGAUGAUGACGAUAGUGACAAUGAAGGAGAGGCACAGCAAGUUCAUGGCCGAGAGACCAGCGUGGAAAUCAUUUCCAGCAAUCCCGUUAUUGAGGAACUCCAGAUGAGACCUAUACAUCAGGGCAGCCGCACUGUCAGGGACGCACAAGUAGAGAAUUCUGAAGACGAAGCCGCCCCAGGCUUUCGCUUCGUCCCAGAAGCUCCUAAAAAGAUUAGGGCUGACCGUCGCGGAUUCAGCAGGUAUCAAGCUUGGGACCGUGCCAUCAAUAGGUACAGGAACAUGGCCAGCGGUGCCGGUCGUCACCCAACCCCAUAUUCUGCUACUGGAGAGCCCUCGCAGGAAACCCUCGGACUUGGCAGGGAGGCGCUCUCACGCCGACCUAUUCAUCCGCGCCACUCGUCUGUUGCCCCAAUUGCCCCAUCUAAUCAAAUGGCAGUCGCUAAGAACCUGAGUCGGCCCCCGCUUAACACUGUGGCAGAGCACUGUUUUCAGAGAGAGCCCUAUCCGAACAACUCAGCUGUGCUAACUUUGGACGAGCCUUAUGAAAUGCACCCUCUGGACAGAAUGCCAGAGAGGAGGAGAGAUGUCCUCGCCCCAUUCAUUCCCCCUUUCCCGCUGGAGAGAGCACCUAAGCCUGAACCUAUGAGGCACUGUUUUCAUAAGCCUGAUCUUCCAAAUGGUCCUGUUUUUGUGAGCGGACCAAAAGAAAGCCUUGAAAGAAAUGGCAACGGUCUAAGACUGCCACCUCGGUCACAGGUGCACUUACAAAACAGGAAUGUGAAUCCACAGGACCACGUGCUUCCUUCCAUCGAGAAUCCUCUUCCGGUGGAGAUCAAACGCCCAAACAGUGGCCAUAUAGAGCACCUUACUAAGAGGAUGUCUGGAGCUUUCACCUUUCGCUCAGUAACACCACACCGCCAGGUGCACCAUGAUCUUCCAAGUCGUACUUUUCAGGAACCUGUUGGUCAAGACCACAUAUCCAAAAGACGGCGUUUGGCAUACCACGAGCCAACUUUAGUGGAAAAACCCUUGUCUCCUAACGGACCUCCUUUGAGCACUCACCCAGGAACUCGGUAUGCCCGGCCUUUUGUCCAGAGUGGUCCCCAUGUCCGUAGGCCAUUUGUUUCCCCAACUGAGGCGCGUCGUAUCGCACAACACGAGCCAAGCAUUGGCCGUGACUCUUUUAGCACUACCGCUCGCUUUGAUCGCGAGCAACACACACUCGCACAUCCAGGAUCGAUCAAAGCUUACGAUGGCCAGCAAUCUUCCUACAAUCAUCUUGUUAACACCCAGGCCGCGUAUGAUAGAUCUCCAGUUCAGGCUCGUACCGCGUCUGACACGAGAUAUACCGCAGCCGGCAGUAACGGCUAUGAUAGGAAUUUGCAGCCCUAUUUGUCAGACUUACCAGAGCACCGUGUAUCUCACAACAUUAAGGUACAUGAUGACGCUGAAAUGAGAACACUAGCGACGACGGGUACUUGGUUAGAGCCUGUAUGGCGGGGCAACCAUCCCAUGCUCCCCAAACCGGGAGAGGAAAACCACAGAACUCAUGCCGAUGGAUUUUUCCGUGCUGUUGGCCAUGGGGAUCCUGGAACAUCGGGCUAUAGGCCGGCCCGUCCGCAUUAUUCCAGGCACAUGGUGCAAAACCUAUCCCAACCAGUUAAUGCCAGGCUACACGAUGUUCAGCGUUGGCGUGUCCCUUCAGACAACCUAGCAUCAAUGUCGCCUCGCGGUCGACCUCACAUCGACUUCCUGGGUAAAACACCUCCACGGCAAGAUCCAGCGAUCAGCAGUCAAGUUCCAGGACACGAGGACGGCAGGCGGAUCAAGACGCCGCCCUCUUUUUAUCAGGAUCGAAGACAACCCAAGAACACCGUUGUCCCUUCACGGUAUGACCAAAACAAGAACCCAAUUCUCAUAGGCACUUAACAUAAUCCCGCCCGAUUUUUCGCUUUGUUCUUUAUUAGAAAACGGAGACCACAGCGAGAAUUAUGGCUCAUUUUCAUGCUUAGGACAGCGUACGAAUUCCAUCAGCACGCCCAAUUUUUGGAACAACACUUCCCAGCGCAUGCAAGGCGAGGAAAUACACCAUAUCCACUAUCUGAGGGCUGUCUGUCAUGACUGUGGAUUGAGGUUUUCAGUAUGAGGAGUUGUUGUCGCUGUUUCUGUUCAUUUCUUGGACAUUGUUACCUAUUGUAUAUAUUAUGAUACCCGACAAGCAUGGUAUGUGCUGUUUCUGC